AUGCCUUGUUCCGCGCAGAUCUUGCCAGAAGCCGUGAGCAAGGCAAAUGCAGCGGAGGAUGCGGUAGAGAAGGCUGUCAUUACCUCUGAGAUGAUCGCAGCAGGGGGUGAUGAUCUGGAUGAAGUUCGACAGGCAGUGGGGGCUACUGAGCAGGCAGUGCAAGAAGCGCAGAAGGCUAUGGGCGAAGCCCGAAUUUUUCUAAACGCCAAGCAAGCUGCUGCGAGGCUGGAGACCCAGUGGUUUCAAUCAGACCCUGAGAGCUGA